AUGGUGAAUAGAAACCAAAAUGCUGAUGAUAUUAUACGGCAAGUUCGACAUGAUGAUAUGGCAGCAGAUAAUAAUCUAGCAGCUAUAGUCGAAAGAAUUAUAGUUCGAAAUGGGGUAAAUUUAGGCCUUAGAAGGCCAAAUUAUACAUCACCUUUGUCAGAGUAUAUCUUACAGGCAGAAGCACCCCCUAUAACCAAAAUCCCCAAAUUCACCAAGUUUAUUGGGGAUACUACUGAGUCUACUGUUGAUCAAGUGGCGAGAUAUUUAAUCAAGGCUGGAGAUAUGUCAAAUCAUGAAAGCCUUAGGAUAAAAAAAAUUCCAAGUUCUCUCACAAAGAAUGCUUUCACAUGGUUCACUACUUUGCCCCAAAGUUCGAUCCACACUUGGAACCAACUGGAAACAAUGUUCCAUGAACAGUUUUACAUGGGGAAAACGAAGAUAAGUUUGAAGGAGUUGGCUAGAAUCAAGCGAAAGGUCACUGGGCCAAUUGAUGACUAUCUAAAUAGGUUUCGAUUGCUCAAAGCUGGGUAUUUUACGCAAAUACCAAAGCAUGAAGUGGUCAAAAUGGCCACUGGGGCCUCGACUAUUCAAUUAGAAAUAAAUUAG